AUGGCCGAGGCAAAACAGACGAAUGGGAAAGGAUGGAGGAAAACUGAUGUAUUAGACGAGCGGUUUGUCAAGUAUUACGAACUUCAGGGUAUCAUCACCCCAGAAAACAAAAGUGCAUUUGUCGAGAUAAUCAACCAGCCAUUGCCAACUUCAUUUCGACUGACAAAGAACGAAUUUUUCGAACAAACACAGCAAACGCUGGAAACCCUAAUUGAACAAAUUCCACAAAAUUUACGACCGGAGAAAAUAGCGUGGUAUUCAACAGCAUAUCAGAUCAAUGCGAAAAAAACGGAUAUUAAGAAGAAUCCCGAGUUAAAAAAGAUUCAAGAGUUCAUGCUGAAAAUGAACGAAAGCGGAGAGGUCACGAGACAAGAAGUUGUUUCUAUGAUCCCAGCUCUUUUACUUGACUGUCAAAAGGGAAUGGCAGUGUUGGAUGUCUGUGCGGCGCCUGGCUCAAAAACGACACAGUUGAUUGAAAUGGUCGGCAAAGAAGGAUGUGUUGCGGCUAAUGACUCAGACGUUGUUAGAAGUCGACUGUUAGUACAUCAGACGAAGCGACUGAAUGCGCCUCAGUUACUGAUUACUAAUUUUAGAGCGCAGAAAUUGGAGUAUCAGAGUGAACAGUUUGACAGACUUUUAUGUGACGUCCCAUGCACUGGCGAUGGCACGUUGCGGAAGUGCAUUGAUGCAAAAAUCAAGUUUGACAUCUACGACGCUUAUACCAUUCACCGGGAGCAAAUUGAUAUCAUGAAAAACGUGUUGCACUUCUUGAAAGUGGGCGGGCUCUUUGUCUAUUCGACUUGUAGUCUCAAUCCAAUUGAGGACGAAGCCGUUGUGUCAGAAAUAUUGAGAAGGUAUGCCGGGAAGGUCCGACUCGUAGAUGUUGCCAAUCGCAUUCAAGGGCUUCGCUAUAGUGCGGGGAUAUCAGAGUGGAAAGUUGUUGAUAGAAAUUACAACGAAAUUCAUUCAUUCAGUCAGCUGAGUGAAAACAAAGAGUUGAGCGACAGAAUACCAAAAACAGUGUUUCCUCCAAGUCAAAGUGAAAAGGAGCAAUUUGGGUUGCAUAAGUGUAUGAGGAUAUUACCAUUCUUACAGAACACCGGAGGCUUUUUCUGCGCACUUUUUGAGAAAACAGGUGCAAUUGAAGUCAUCAAAAAAGAGGGAAAAGAGAAGUGGAAAAAGGGGGGUAUACAAACUGAGGAACAACACAGUAAAAAGGGGAAUAGUUGGACUAGACCUAAAGAGAUGGGUGUUUUGCAGAGUAUCACCCAGCAAAGUCAAAUUGUUGAUUUCUUACGAACGUUUUACAACAUCUCUUCUUCCUUUGAUUUUGGGCAAGUUUAUAGUGUCGGCAACGAUUUGAAAAGUUUGUAUUUUGUGUCCCAAAAAGCUCAAGAAAUUUCUCAGCACAGUAAAUUAGUGUGUGGAGGGGUGCAAUUAUUUAAAUGUAAAAAAUUGGAGCAAUUGGACACGUUUCGUAUUUGUAGCGAGGGAGUUUCUAUUUUAAGUGAUUUUGUUGACAAAGAAAGAGUCAUAGAAAUAUCACAUCAAAACUUUUUAGAGUUAUUAACACAAGAAAUCCCUUUAGAAAAGUUUCACCGAGAAUUUCGAGUGAAGGGAUGUUUAAUAGUUCUUAUAGGAAAUGGACCUUUCAAAAAUGCUUUGUUUAAUUGUUGGGUGGGGAAAGAAAGUCUAAGACUUUGUGUGUGUUAUGAGCAACUUUUGUCAUUUGCGAUGUUAUUUGGCAUUUCUGAGCAACUGGUGAUUAAGUAA